AUGAUCCAAAUCCAUCAGCGUCCGAUACGGGAAACUGAAGGGGCGAGAGGAGUCGAUCGAUUGGCAAAGAUGAGAACAUAUCAAAUGGCUGUUGAAUCCAUGUACUUUGUGUGUGGAGUCGACGGUAGAGGUGGACGGCGGCAGCUGGUUCCACGAGUCGGUGGUUGCAACACCAACGGAGGUUGGUCAGCUUCUUGGAGAUUCGGCCAAGGAGGUCUGCGCCCAUCGACUGGAAGCUUGAAGGUGGAUCCGAGUGUUGGUGGUGCUGAUGGAGAGGAGGCUCGCACCGGUUUCUUCGCCUCUGAUUGUGCCGUCUCCGUCCUCACUUCGGAAAUGUUGGAAUUCAGAACUUCUCGUAGACACUGA